AUGACCAACCAAUCACGGCAUCAUCAAAACACGUCUUCCCGUGCAUCACCUUACAUCUUUACUGUCUCGAAGAAUUCUGGGGAACAAAAAGAAGUGCAAGUAUCUUCUGUAGAACAAAAUAAAAAAUCGAAACCUUCAACAAAACGGCCGAGAGUCCAGAACAAUAACAAUACGAAUUCUGAAGGCCUCCUCUUUACAAAUUUAACUCCGAGUGACUAUCGAAAGCCUAAUACUAAUAAUACUAAUAUUGUUAAGAAAAAAACUAAAUCUAAGGCUGCAGCAAGCAAUGUCAGCCAAUCUUCUCAGCAAAAAAUUGCGCCCAAGCCUCGUGUUCCCAUUCUCAAAAUUAUUUCAAGAAAUUCCACGACUGACAACCCACCACCACCUCCUAAUAUAAGCACAGAUUCUAAGGCUCCUACUCUUGUUCCCGUUAGCUUAAAGAUUAUUACUACUCAAACACAACAAAAUAAUGAUGAAUUCUCGCAAAAUUUGACCAGUUCGUCUCGAGUAUCUGUUCAAGAAAAUCAACCAAUUCAAGAGACACAAGAAAUUAACCCACAACCCUCACAAGCCUAUAGUAAUGCUACGGAGCUUGUAUUAUCCACAAAUCAACCAAACCAAAAUACUUCUAAUUCACAAGAUCAAAAUAAUAUUCCACAAUCCUUCGAUAAUACUUUGGAGUCUGUAAUACUCACCGAAUCUCCGAGUAUCAAUGAUUUCAAUUCUCAGCAAACAUAUGCAAGUCGAAAGUUGCAAAUCUCUGAUAUUAUUGAUAUGCCCGAAAAUUUCAGUAGCAUUUUAAACCUGAAUGAAUCAAAGACAAAAGUAGACGUUCACGGAACCGGAUCUCCAAGAGUUGUCAUUGAAGCUCCACCUAACGAAAAUAAUUCAGAAUCGUCUUCUAACAUUGCACAUGGAAUGACACCUACAACUAUUGAAGAUGACGGCAAUCAUAUGGAAAUAAUACUACCUACAGUGAUGAUCGAGAAUAGCAGCAACAAACCAAACGAUGAUAAUGAUGCUACUAGCACAACAGGAAAUUUAAAAUCCAAUCAAGGUGACAAUACUCCGUUAAGAAUAUCCACGCCCGAAAAUGAUAUGAAUCUCUCAACUUUAAUUCAAGUUAAUAAUAAUAAUAAUCACCAUGUACAUCUUCACAGAUCGCCAAGAGACAGUAUUUUCGGUGACAGUUCAAGUGAGCUUUCAACUGUACAAACUUUUUCUGACUCUAGUCAAAAUAACUCUCCUAUAAAUUUCCGAUCACCGUUUUCACAAAUCCACGAUGACUCAUCACUUUCGUUAAAUUUAGACGACGUUUCGUCACUCUCACCGAAUUUUGACGAUGAAUCAUCUUCGUCUUCCUCGCAAUUUUAUGAAGACCCUUUCGUUUCUUCACCGUUUCCGAAUACUCUUGUCAGUGAAUUGAAUAAUAAUCCCAGCGCAUUAUUAAUGGAAGAUAACGGUUUUACGUCUUCGCCCAAAUCAGCUGAAGCGCAUGACAAUAGAUUCAAAUCACCUCAAUCUUUACAAGAUGAUGCUUUGUUGCAACCUGAAAAUGAGUUGACCUCUACAUUCGCAACUUCAUUGACUCUAUCACUCCCAAAUUCACCCAAAGAUAAUCUAUCGUCAUCGCCAAGUCACGACGACAACUGCACUUGCGAAAAAUGUACAACAGAGUCUGAUGAUAUAGAGAAUAUGGACUUUCUAGAGAAACCUAUUCCUGAAUGCCUAAUGGAUGACGCUGAACUCGAGCAAGUCAGAGAGCCCAGAGUAGAUCUCCCACCGAAUGCUAACGAACUGAGUGAUGCUGAGGCAAUGCCAUAUAUUGUUGCAUUAUGUAAACGAUACUGGCUUUACAGAACUCUCGCCAUGCUCAUUCGUCUUGGGCAUGUUAAAUUGAAUGAUGAGGAAUUGAAUAGAAUAAGAGAAGUGAAAGCGGAUUUAGAAGGACCACAAAUCUCUGAGAGUCUUCAAGAAGUUUUCAGAAAAGAAAUCCAUGAAAGAAUGAUCGUGGAGAGAGCACGAUUAGAGAGAGCUAAACUUUGGACAGAGGAGGAUAUUUUGGAAGUGGAUGGACCAGACGACAAUUAUGAACUCGAAGUAGGUCCCGGAUCUGAUUCUGAAAUGGAUGAUGAGUAUGAAGAUGCUGUAUCUUCGACAUACUUUGAAGGUCAGGAAACCAUGUUAUCCCGUCAAGGAAUGAUCCUGAAAGAGAAUGUAAUGUCUCCGUCUAGUGACAAUAAAUCAUCAAAUUCAUUUUAA